ACAACGAUAUAGGAAGGAACGUUACAGAUAUUGUUUUAGUAUUAUAUCUCCAUUGAUAGCACCCAAGUCUUCUUUUUCUUUAAGACCAUCAUCGUUAUGAAGCUAGGUAAUUUUUUUUCAAUACUUUGCAUGCUACUAAGGAUCAUAGAAUCCAAGGAUACUAUCGAUUUCAAUUGUGACUACACCCAAGAAUUAAAACCAAAUGUUAAUUAUUAUGUGUAUAAUCCUGAUUACCCAAAUUAUUACAUGGGAGAGCAUAAUUGUAGGUGGAGUGCUAGGAGCAGUGGUCGAAUUAAAUUGAAUUGCACAAUUUUCGAUAUUCCUCCAAGUUCAAAUUGUUCAUUGGAUUUUAUGAAAGUCAAAGUCGACGAUGACAUAGAGUACGUUUUCUGUGGAUUAAAUUCGUUUACAGUGGAAUCGAUAGCAUCGAAAAUGACUAUAAAAUUCCAUUCGAGAUACAAUACUUAUGGAGGCAAAUUUCGAUGUAUUCUCAGAGUAGUCAAAGAGGAAUGUAGAUGUGGUUGGAAAAAUCCGUCGAGAAUCGUAGGUGGUGUUGAAACAGGAGUAAAUGAAUAUCCUAUGAUGGCUGGUAUAGUACAUCUUGAUACACGUUUUUUUUAUUGUGGUGCAACUAUAAUAACUCCACAACAUGUAUUAACGGCGGCUCAUUGCGUUGCGUUGAAUAAAAUGAGUUUAUAUAUUUUAGGAGUUAUUGUUGGAGAACAUAAUAUACGGACAAUUAAUAAUACAAAGACGACUCGACUUUACCUUAUCGAUGAUAUAAUCGUACAUCCGAAUUAUAGGCCAAAAUUGAAUGAUUUAGCGGUUAUUAAAUUGCAGAAGAGAUUAGAAUAUUCUAUGAGAAUUGGUCCAGCUUGUCUUCCGUUUUAUUACACGUGGCGAAACUUUACAGGCACUGUUGUUACAGCUGUAGGUUGGGGUCAUACGAAUUUUCAUGGUAUCAAGUCUGAAGUUUUAAGAAAAGUCGAUUUGCAUGUCAUUUCAGUGAAGGAAUGUAUCAAGUAUCACUUUCUGGCUACAUGUAAGCAACUUUGUACAUUUGAUAUAGGAAAGGAUGCUUGUCAGUUCGACAGUGGUGGUCCAAUUUUAUGGCAAAAUCCAAGAAGCAAUCGUAUUUUUCUUCUUGGAGUUAUCAGUUAUGGAAAAACAUGUGCCGAUGAAGCUCCUGGUGUUAACUUAAGAGUUACUAGUUAUUUAGAUUUUAUUAGAAGGUCAACACCUGAAGAAACAUACUGUCAGGCGUAUUAAAUCAUUAUACAAGACAAAGUUUGAAUGAAAAAUAAGUUUUUUGAUUUAAAUAUUAAAUAAAUAUCUUAAUACGGAAUAUAAAUGGAUGUCUAACAAUUUGUUCGUGACGA